AAGGUCACCGGCCCACCCGGAACCGGAAACGCGGCUCGCCCUUCGGCCGGGUCAGGGGGCGCUUCCGGUCGGUGCCUAGAGCGGCCCCGGAAGAGGAGGAGGCAGGCGCGGCGGCAUGGCGGAGCUGGGCGGGGAGGCCGAGGUGGCGGAGCUGCAGCGCCUGGUGGCGGCCGAGGAGCAGCGGGCCCGGUUCACCGCCCAGAUCCACAACUUCAUGGAAGUCUGCUGGGAUAAAUGCGUUGACAAAACAGGUGCCAAAUUGGACUCUCGAACUGAAACUUGCCUGGCCAACUGCGUCAAUCGCUUCAUAGACACAACAUUGUCCGUCACUAAUCGCUUUGCACAGGUAGUACAGAAAGGAGGGCAUUGAUGGCUCCAUCUCACACUGCGUGGAGUUCUGCAGAGGCCUUCUUGAUUUGACGCUGGCCACCGACAUCAUUGUUCUCCGUGACGGGAAGGUCUAUCUGAGUGCAGAAAGUCUUAUCACAGUUGUGAGAACAUAACUGGCCAUUGCUAGGAGAUGGUGAACAUGGUCAGUGAGAGCAACAGCUAGCCUUCAUGAUGUUUAAUAAAUCAGGAAAACUUUACCACUUGAUAAUAAUGGAAACCGAUUGCUUUGUGUUCCUUUGUCUGCACAGUGAGAUUUUUCCAGGUGUCAAAGGGUUUGCUUUAAUUUACAUGAGGUUUCAGAGAAUCAAUGAAAAGCAUGUUUCACAAGAGAACUUGAAAGUGAAGGAGAUGCUCGCUGGCUCCUGCGUCGGGUUACCGCUCACUUGAGUCAUCUGUGUAGCCCCUCCUGAUCUCAGAAUUGUUGUAUCGCUCAAACCUGCAAUUUGAUAUGGUUUGUACGACACAAAACAUUUUGAUGUAGCAUGCCGUGAUUCUGGCACUGAAUGUGCUAUGCAGAUGUACUAGUUUCCAUUAAAAGCCAUUCCUUAACAA